CUGAUUGGCUGCUGGGCCCACGGAAUUUUCAAACCGAGGUAGCAGCUGACGGAGCUGUCAAAACAGCGGACGGGAGGAGUUCGAGACCGUCUGGAGGACUGAAGUCAUGAGGACGAGUGAGUUUGACUCCUCAUCUGAAGAGGAGGAGGUCGGAGAGGAGCAGCUGACUCCCUUUCACAUUUCCUGGUUGCCUCUGUCCAUAGUGGAGUCCUCCCAGUUUCUUGGGAUAUGUGCGCUACCAGGUUGCAAAUACAAAGAUAUCCGCAGGAGUCUGCCAAGAGAUGUUGAGGAGCUUCAGAGUCAGGGGGUGCAGGAUGUGUUUGUUUUCUGCACCAGAGGGGAACUCGCCAAAUACAGGGUUCCCUCCCUGCUGGAUGUCUACCAGCAGCGGGGCUUCACAGUUCACCACAUGCCCUUCCCAGAUGGAGACGUUCCUGAGCUGGAGCAGUGCUGUCAGAUCCUCAAGGAGCUGCAGCUGUUAUGGAGGCUUGGGACGCUCUGGAUUGAUCGCCGCCUGUCUGCUGCUUCAGCUCUCUUUCACAAUGACGGCAAACAAAGCCAUCGAAAUCCUCCGGGAGCACAGAGGAGGAGGAGCGAUACAAACAGUGAAGCAAUACAACUUCCUCCACGAGUUUCGGGAAAGAUACGCAGCCUACCAGGAGAGCCGAGAGGUCUGUACAGAGCGAUCGGUGUCUCGGUGAUCUCCGCUCCUUCUCUUCAAAUCAUGAGCCGUGAAAAUAUUCAUCUCUUCAAAUUUGCUGUGAUUCUUUUCUGAUUGUAUGUGUGAUAUAAUUGUAUUCUCUCAUGACUGCACUUUAAAAGAAUACUCUAAUAUAUUGCUUGCUGUCAUCCUCAUUAUAAUCAAAUAAAAGACUUGAUGAGGAAA